AUGAAACAGACUCUGAGCGAACUGAUGAGGAUGAGCAGGAUAUGUCGGAUGGUAUUUGCCACCUGUUUGGGAUCCUUUAUUCUGGUCAUCUUUUAUUUCCAAAGUAUGUUCCAACCAGUCAUGCGGAGGAAUCCCUUCGUGGUGGACGGCUGCUGCAGGAAAGGGUCCCGCAACGCCCUGCAGGAGCUCUACAACCCCACACAGCCGGAGCUGUCUGGAGCAGCCGUCCUGCACCAGGCCAGGAGGGAUCAGGUCGUGGAUGCCUGUCGAGUCUACAGUGCAUCCAGCCGGAAGCGCAGAGUCCUGACACCCGGAGACCUCAAACACCUCGUGGUGGACGAGGACCAUGAGCUCAUCUACUGCUACGUCCCCAAGGUGGCCUGUACCAACUGGAAGCGCGUCAUGAUGGUGCUCACAGGCCGGGGCAAGUACAGUGACCCGAUGGAAAUCCCUUCCAAUGAAGCCCACAUUCCCUCCAACCUGAAGACGCUCAACCAGUACAGUAUUGCUGAGAUCAACCACCGCCUCAAGAACUACUUCAAGUUCCUCUUUGUUCGUGAGCCCUUUGAGAGGCUGGUCUCUGCAUACCGCAACAAGUUCACCCUCAAGUACAACUCAUCCUUCCACAAGCGCUUCGGCACUCGCAUCAUACGGCGCUACCGCAAGAAUGCCACGCAGGACGCCCUGCUCAACGGGGCUGAUGUCAAAUUUAAAGAGUUUGCUGAGUACCUGGUGGACCCGGCCACGCAGCGAGAUGGUCCCCUCAACGAGCACUGGCAGACCGUCUACCAGCUUUGUCACCCUUGUCACAUCCACUACGACCUGGUGGGCAAGUAUGAGACGCUGGAAGACGACGCGAACUACGUGUUGCGGCUGGUGGGCGUCGGCGACACCUUGCGCUUCCCAAGCUACGCCAAGUCCACUCGUACCACAGAUGCCAUGACGGCCCAGUUCUUCAGCAAUAUCAGCACUCAGCAGCAGAUCCAGCUCUACCAGCUUUACAAGUUGGACUUCCUCAUGUUCAACUACUCCACACCCAGCUACCUCCGGCUGGACUAACGGAGGACAGAGCCGGGACUCUGGCGAUGGCUGCCUUGUUUAGGUAGAGGCGACAAAACGAGUGAAGGGCAGAAUUUUUCGGAAGCAAACUUGAUUUAAAAAACUGUUGCUGUAUGCAGGCGUGGGGUCUGAAUUAGACAUGAACAGGUGCUGAUGGGAAGAAAGGUAAUGUGCGCUUGUCUGGGCAUAAGGGGGAGGAUGUCCAGUCAACUGUGGGUGACACAGAGAGCGCUGAUUGGAUUAAAAUGUGGACUCAAUGAACCAAACGCAUGCAAAGACUAAAAUGUGUGGGUGAAGCAGGUCUUCAAGGUGUUUUAAAAGGGGAACUUAUCCUCAGAGGACGGACUUGAAGAGGGAUUCUCCUGAUGAUGUUCCCUACAUGUUUAAACUGCUGACAAAUUAGGCUGCUUCAGAUUCUACAAGGCAAAACAGCGGCCUUGCACGCGCCCUGACCCCAAUGCAUCGUGGGAGCUAAGCUUAUCUCCCCCUCCCCCCGAUCAAUAGAGAAACUCCGUGAAAUUGUAAAAGCCAAUUCAUGUCCUUUGACCCAUCACCCUGGCCCUCAUUAGAUUUAUACAUUUGAGAGGGAAACUGGCUCACCACCAUCUCAAGGAUGUCCUGUAAUCGAAGGCUACAAGACCUCUACAACUGUAACCGUGGCGACGUGGUCUUUGGCCAACAGCUACACCGACACGAGUUGUCGCUACCCUCUAUCGUUAUGAUGUUGGCAAGAAGGGACCUCAUGUGGAACAACCCGAGGACCCUGUGACUCCUGUCGCAGCAGUAAAGUGUGGAAGUGCUUAAUAAAUCAUUGCCUGUAACACCAAGCAUCCUUAACACUCCGAGCCAGAGGACGUGGUUGGAUGCUGUCACGGGAGCGGGGGCGCCAGCCGUAAGAGAUGAGUCUGCAUGGAAAGCCUGAGCUGGAAGAGAAGAGGCAGCCUGCGGGGUCG